CCUUCCUCUCCCCUCCCAUCUAUCUCUCUUUGGAACAGAUGUGGGAUGGGGAGUGGGGGAGGGAAACUGGAUAAAGCAGGAGGGAAGAGUGGUGUGCCCCGGAUUAAGAGGUUUUGUGAUGGAGGGCCACACUGAGAGAGGAGGGAGCAGAGCCCUCGUGCCUAUGACGUUAGAGAGGAGGAAAAACAGGCAAGACAGCGGAGGGCGGGUGUGAGAGAGAGAGGAAGAGAGAAAGCGAGGAUAGGAGGCUUGGAAGCAGGUAGCCCCAGACUGCAGCCAGCUUCUGCCUGGGAUCUCCUGAGCCACCAAAUCCCCCAGGCAGCCUGGACCCCAGGGUCCCUGAGAGCUGCCCUGAGGAUGGGCACUGGAUUAGUGGUCAUGCCUCCUCCUGUGUGGGGGCUGCUGGGCUGCUGUUUCCUUUUUGACUGGGCUGUAGGGGGUCCGAGGCCCCUCCGCUCUCUGCCCGCACUGUCCUCACAAGUCGAGCCAGGAUCUGAACCCAUGUGGGUGCCCUCGGAGGGAGCUGAGGCAGCCCUGGUUUUUCUCUACUCUGGAGACGCCAAACAGCUGUCGGGGGCUAAUUGCAGUGAGCGCUAUGAAGCCCAUGGGGCAGGAGCCAGACCAGGGCUCCCCCCAGUCCUGUGGAGGGCAGCGGGCACCGUUACCCAGGCCGCCAAUUUCCUCAACAUGCUGCUGCAAGCCAACGACAUCCGGGAGUCCAGUGUGGAGGAGGAUGUGGAGUGGUACCAGGCACUGGUCCGUAGCGUGGCGGAGGGGGACCCAAGGGCCUACCGGGCUUUGCUGACCUUUAAUCCUUCACCAGGGGCCAGCCACCUGCAGCUGGCCCUGCAGGCCACCCGGAUUGGGGAGGAGACUGUCCUUCAGGAUUUGUCGGGGAACAGGGUGCAGGAGGAGAGCCCAACCGGGGUCCUGGACACCCCUGAUCUGCAGAAGCGGGUGCUGACCAAUGACCUAGGGAGCCUUGGCAGUCCCAAGUGGCCACAGGGUGAUGGAUACGUGGGGGACAUGCAGCACGUGAGGCUGUCCCCUCCCUUCCUGGAGUGCCAAGAGGGCUGGCUCCGUCCCGGCUGGCUUGUCACACUCUCAGCCACCUUCUAUGGACUUAAGCCAGACCUCAGCCCGGAGGUCAGGGGGCAGGUGCAGAUGGACGUAGAUCUUCAGAGCGUGGACAUCAAUCAGUGUGCCAACAGCCCGGGCUGGUACUCUAACACACACCUGUGUGACCUCAACAGCACCCAGUGUGUCCCCCUGGAGAGUCAGGGCUUUGUCCUUGGCCGCUACCUCUGCCGCUGCCGACCCGGCUUCUACGGGGCAAGCAGCUCUGGGGGCUCAGAGGAGAGUGCUGCCCAACCUAUCGGGCAAUUCGGGUUCCCUCAAGGCAGCUCCGGGAGGCUGCUGCGGUGCCAGCCAUGUGCUGAGGGCUGCACCAGCUGCCUGGAUGCCACACCGUGCCUGGUGGAGGAAGCCCUGGCACUACGGGCGGUGGUGCUGGCCUGUCAGACCUGCUGCAUGCUGGCCGUCUUCCUGAGCAUGCUGGUCUCCUACCGCUGCCGCCAGAGCAAGAGGAUCCGGGCAUCUGGGGUUGUACUGCUGGAAGCCAUCCUUUUUGGAUCCCUGCUGCUCUACUUCCCUGUCUUCAUCCUGUACUUCAAGCCCAGUGUAUUCCGCUGCAUUGCUCUCCGCUGGGUCCGGCUGCUGGGUUUUGCCAUUGUCUACGGCACCGUUAUACUCAAGCUUUAUAGAGUGCUCCAGCUGUUUCUGUCUCGGUCGGCCCAGCGGGGCCCCCACCUGAGCAGCGGGCGGCUGCUGCGGCGUCUGGGGCUGCUCCUGCUGCUCGUGCUGGGCUUCCUGGCUGUGUGGACGGCGGGGGUCCUGGAGCAGGGCAUUCAGCACACACCUCUGGUGACCCGAGGCCACACUCCCACAGGCCGCCACUUCUACCUCUGCCACCAUGACCGCUGGGACUACAUCAUGGUUGUGGCCGAGAUGCUGCUCCUGUGCUGGGGCAGCUUCCUCUGCUAUGCCACCCGGGCUGUCCCCUCAGCCUUCCACGAGCCGCGGUACCUGGGCAUCGCCCUGCACAAUGAGCUGCUGCUUUCUGCUGCCUUCCACGCAGCCAGGUUUGUGCUGGUUCCCUCUCUGCACCCAGACUGGACGCUCCUCCUCUUCUUCUUUCACACCCACAGCACGGUCACCACCACACUGGCUCUGAUCUUCAUCCCUAAGUUCCGGAAGCCGGGGGCUCCUCCCCGAGAGGAGAUCUUGGACGAGGUGUAUGAGGAUGAGCUGGACCUGCAGCGCUCAGGCUCCUACCUCAACAGCAGCAUCGCCUCAGCCUGGAGCGAGCGCAGCCUGGACCCUGGAGACAUCCGGGAUGAGCUAAAGAAACUCUACGCCCAGCUCGAGGUCCACAAGACCAAGGAAAUGGCCGCUAACAACCCCCACCUGCCCAAGAAGCGGGCCAGCUGGCGCCAGGGCCUGGGCCGCUCCUUCAUGAAGUACCUGGCAGAGUUCCCCGAGGCCCUGGCCCGCCAGCACUCCCGGGACUCGGGCUCCCAGGGCCGCAGCAGCCUGCCCGGCUCCUCCCGCCGCCGGCUGCUCAGCACCAGCCUCCAGGAGGAGCCCACCGGGCCGCCGGGCCUGCGCAAGGCCCGCAGCAUCUGCGAGCAGGACCGCAAUUCCCGUGGGGAGCAGGACCCCCCAGUCUUUGACUCACUGCUGAGGAGGAAGCUGGCCAGGAAGGGCCCGCGAUCAGACAGCCAGGAGUCGGCGGCAGCGGGGCCGCCGGCGCUGGGCUUCAGGUCGGCCAGCGCCCACAACCUGACGGUGGGAGAGCGGCUCCCCCGGGCCCGGCCCGCCUCCCUGCACAAGUCGCUCAGCGUCGUGGCUGGCUCCAGGGAAAAGGCCCUGCUCGUGGCCAGCCAGGCCUACCUGGAGGAGACCUACCGGCAGGCGAGGGAGCGGGAGGAGAGAAGGAAGGCAGAGGCGGCCUUGGCGAGCCCGGCACGGAGACUGUCGGCCAGGAGGCCGGAGAGAGCGCAGGCGGCCCCCCUGUCGGCCCCACCUUCCCCAGCCAAGAGCAGCAGCCUGGACAGCUCCCAAGCCUCUGGAAAGCUGCAUGAGGAGGCUGCUAGAAGGCUGCACCACCCGCCCAUCCGGCACCAGGUCUCCACACCCAUCAUGGGCCUAUCUGGGGCUGGCCUGGGGGAGCCAGGGAUGCUGUCUCCCACCUCCACCUUGGCUCCAGCUCUGAUACCAGCUCUGGCCCCGCCUCCUGCCCUGGCACCUGUCCCAGUACCCCCACAAAGCCCCAGCCUACUCACCUUCAUCUGCCCUUGGGAGAAUGCAGAACUGCCAGUGAAGAAAGAAAAUGUGGCUCAAGAAAGCCCCUUGGGGCCCCAGGGAGGCAACCACUCCCCUGCCCCAGCUCGGGCCAGGCUCUGGAGGGCCCUCUCUGUGGCAGUAGAGAAAAGGGGGGCCAGGGAGAAUGGGAUGGACACAGAGGAAGGGCAUCUCCAGGGGGAAGCUGAUGACGUGGAUGACAACAGGCCCAAGAUCUUAUCUAAAUCUCACAGCCUCAAGACCCCUGUUCAGCAGGGUUCCAUGCGCAGUCUGGGACUGGCUAUCAAAGCUCUGACCCGUUCUCGGAGCACAUACAGUGAGAAGGAGAGUGGGGAAGGGAGUCCUGAGAAGGAGGAGAAGGGCCGAGCUUCAGGGGAGGGUGUGCGGGUGUGCCCCAGAUCUCCCAGGCCAGGCCGGCCCAAGGCAGUGAGUAAGCAGGCCGCGCUCACCCCCUGUGAUGAUGAGGAGUCCCUCCAGAACCAACAGAAUGCUCACACCAGCAGAAUACUCCAGGUCUGUCACCAGGAGGGCAGCAGGGAACAAGAAGACAGAGGCAGGAGGGCGUCCCGGAGUCUAGGGGACGGGAGGCUCGAGAGAGCAGGUAAAACAGGAACUGCCACACUGAGGCAAGUCAGGCAGAGCACAGUUGGGGACAAAAAUGCUAAGCAAGCAAAAGAAGCCCCUGUGGGGUGGCAGGAACUGCCCAAAGCCGGCCUCCAGCCCCUGGGCAGUGCUGACCAUAGGCUGACACAGGUAUGCCCCUGGGAAGUCACCGAGUCAGAAACGUGUCAGCCUGACAGUAGCAACAAGGCCGAAAUCUGCCCCUGGGAGGUGAGUGAAGGAGUUCCUGAGGAGGGGGCAUUGAGGCAAGAUCUAGAUGACUCCCAGAAAGAGAGAGGGAAAGCCUCAAAAAAACCAGAGUCCAAAGAUGUGGUUGCUGUUGCUCGGAAAAAGCCAGAGAGGCUGGUCAGGGGGCAGGAGGCAGUGUGUCCCUGGGAGAGUGCUGAUCCCGGGGGCCUGUCCCCUCACUCAGCCCCUCAGGACUCUGACAGAACCAAGGGCAGGUCUGAGGCAGUGGGAACUGGGGAGCCUCGAGAGAUGGAGAUGCCUCAGGGGGAAGCUGCUGGCCCGGGAGCUUGUACAUUCGACAUUGCCAGGACAGAGCUCUGUCCCUGGGAGGCAAGUGAAGGAGGAGAGAAUAAGAAACCGUCCCAGGAGGGGGAAAAAAAGCUACCCCAGGAAAAGCAGAAAACUCCCAAGAAAGCAGCCUUCUGGAGAGAACAGAAACUGGGUGAAGGCUUGGAGUCUCUCUGUCAGUGGGAGAGGACAGAUUUCCGUGGCCCCUCAGCAAUGUCUAUUCAGGCCCCAGGACCCCCCGGGAGUUUGGGGAGUUUGGGCAGCAGCGUCGCUGAGGUGUGUCCAUGGGAGGCAGGAGCAGCUCCCGCUGUCGUCGGGAAAGCAGAGCUCUGUCCCUGGGAGUUGAGUGAUGAGGUGAUGGGGAGGGACAUGCUGAGUCAGGGGACAGGUGGAGAAUCUCUCCAGGAAAAGGGAAAAACCUCCAGAAAAGGGAGCUUUGGAGAGAGGAGGGAACAAACUGGGAAAGCAGUGCAGACAUUUAGUCAACAGCAGGAGUCAGUGUGUCCCUGGGACAGCACAGCCCCUGGGCACUCCAGCCCAUGUCUAGACAAUUCCUCAUCAAAAGCCGGAGGCCAACUCCCCAGCAGCGGAGGAAGCAGAGCAGCGCAGGUAUGUCCGCAGGAAGAUCUCAGGUCAGAGGUAAAUGAAACACCUGCCAAGGCAGAAAUCUGUCCCUGGGAGGUGAGUGAAAGAACAACAGAGGACUGGACAUUGGGACAGGCACCAAAAGGAAGAGAAUCUCAGAAGGACAAGGAGGAGAUGCCUGGAACAUCAGGAAUCAAAGAUCCCACAACUUGGGAAAAGCCUGAGGGACGGCUCCAAAAGCAGGAAGCAGUCUGCCCCUGGGAGAGUGUGGACCCCGGCAGCUCCUCCUCACAGCCUGGUCCUCGAGACACAGACAGACCCAAAACCAGUUUGCAGACCUCAGGCAGUGCGGGAAGCAAAACUGCUGAGAUCUGUCCAUGGGACGCAGAGGAAACCCUGCCUGCUGGGAAGGCAGAGAUCUGUCCCUGGGCGGUGAGUGCUGGAGCAGGGGAGGAAAAGGCUUUGGGGGUUGCGGCCAUUAGGCAACUUCCAAAUGAUACAGGAAAGGCUUCCGUAGAUUCUGGACCUGGCAAGAGAGCAGUUACUGAUUCAAAGAAGCCAGAGGGCCCUGCCCAGAAGCGGGAGGCAGCCUGUCCCUGGGAAAGCCUGGAUCUAGGGGGCUCCUCUCAGCAUUCAGACAUUCUGAGCAGUGACAGACCAAAAGCUGGGUUCCAGGGACUGGACCGUGUCGGGUGCAGGUCAGAUGAGUUGUGUCCCUGGGAAGCGGAGGAAGUGUCUACCAGUAAAAAAGCCAAAAUCUGUCCCUGGGAGGUGAAUGAAGGAGACACUAGGAAUGGAUUGGAACAAGACAUGGGGAUUGACUCAGCAGGGCAGAGGGAGAAAACUCCAGAAAAGGGGAGACUCACCUCCCUGGGAGAAGACAUAUCAAAAUGGGAGACAAAACUGAGUCAAGAGCAGGAAGCUCUUUGUCCUUGGGAGAAGGACUUGAGGGCACCCUCUGCUCAGGCCCCUGAGGUCCCGGACUUGUCCAGCAGCAGGAGUAGCAGAGUGGCAGAGGGGCACUCCUUGGAAGUGAGCCAUGAGGCAGCAGAGAAAGGGGACGUGGCACAAGACCUAAAGACGGUUUCCUUCCCAGAACACAUAACCCCAGAAAAAACUCCACCUUCAAAAACAGGAGAGUUCACUGCUGAAGAUGAGGAAAGAGCAAGCAGCGAGCUACAACGGAUCUAUCUACAGGAGACCAUGGCCAUGGCGGGCUCUGUCUCCCACCCAGACAGUCAGUGCCCUGACCAACCUAAAGCCAGCCCGCAGAUGCUGCCCAGUGUUGAGGGCAGGCUGGCUGAGGUCUGCCCAUGCGAUGCUCCUGCCUCAGACACUCUCAAGCCUGACAGCAAUACCAAAGCUGAGACUUAUUCCUGGGAGGUGACUGAAAGAAUUCCUGAGGAAGGGGUGUCAAGACAGGAUGGAGACGGGGAGCCUGGAGAGGAGAAGGGGAAAGCCCUAGGAAAACCAGAGCCCAGUGCUGCAGCGAUUCAGAAAAAGCCAGAGAGGGCAGAUGGGAAGCCGGAGGCUGUGUGUCUCCAGGAGAGUCAAGAUGGUGGGAAUCUGUCUCCACAACCAGCCCCACAAGCUUCUGAUGGGAGCAAAGGCAGUUCUGAGGCAGCAGACAGUGUCGGGGCCAGGGGAGCAGAAGUGUGUCCAUGGGAAGCAGAAGAGACUCCAUCUGAUAAGAAAACAGAAAUCUGCCCUGGGGAGGUAAGUCAAGAAGCGGCAGAGAAAGAGCGACUGGGACAAGAGGUGGACAGAGAAUCCCAAGGGCAAGGAGAGAUGUUCCUUCCACAGGCAGGAUCUGGAGGGACUGAAGAACACUUUUCAAAAGCAGCAGCAAAAGUCAACAGAGAGCAGGAAACAGCAGAGAGCAGGCUCUCCCCGCAGCCAGAUGCUCCUGACACGGACCAAGCCGAAGUCAGCCCCUACGGAGCACGCAGUGUGGGGAGCAGGAUGGCAGAGCUGUGUCAAUGGGAAGUCACAGAUCCAGAAGGAAAUAAAAUAAAGGGGACCAUGGCAGACAUUGACAUCUGUCUUUGGGAGGGAACUGCAGCCCCAUCUGAGGAACCUGGCCUCCUGGCUUUAACAGCAACUCGGUCAGAAAUACUUUUCCCUGCAGCACCUGAGAACCCACCAUGCCUUUUAGUCCACAGACCUCCAGGUGACCUCCUUCCACAAAGCAAAAGCCCCUGCCCUGAAGUCAGCAAACCAACUGGUACUUUCACUCUGGAAGGUGUCAAAGAACUCCAAGUACCUUCAGAACUUGGGCCAAGGACCAGCUUAGUCCCAGAGCCAAGUGUCCAAGAAGCUGAGACUCAGAAGUCUUCCUCCUUAAUUAAAAACCAAGGAGAAGCAGCUUCUAAAGCUCAACACGAAGAACUCAGCUUUCCAACUGUCUAUCCUUGGGACUGGGAGUAACAACUCCACCAGGGGAGGAGUGGCUAGCUUUAGAAGCCAAGGUCCUUUCCAAGUCCUAGGUGUUCCCAAAAAAUUGAAUCAAACACACUUGGCCACUUUCCCUCUCCAAGAAAGUAAGAAGUCAACUCAUUCCAAAGACAAACUAUACAAGAAAAGUGCAGCUCUGACCCCCAACAGGAAGUCUCAUGUCUCUUUACUUCCACAUGUUCUUCCUGUCCCAGAGAACAAGGGCCAGACCUUCUACUUCUAACAAAUCCUCCCAUCCAGCUAGAAUACUCAACACAAGCCAUCUGUUACAGGACACUCACUUGUAAAGCCAAUGUUAGUGACAAAAGGAAGUCAGCUGCGCCCAGCCCAUAUUUUCUCAAAGGGAGACCCAUUCUUCUCUAGUCUACAAAGGACAUUUUUUGAGAAGAAACUAAACCACACAAGGCAUUGGUAACAUAGGGACUGAGGAUUAUAGGUUAUAAAGGUUGCCAUGGGAACUUAGAAGCCACUUAAUUCAAGUUCAAAGAUAAAUCAGGGGGAAAACUUAAAUGACUCAAGAGGUGCCUGAAAUGCCUGAAAGACCUUGUAAUUUUGCCUUUGGAUCUCCAGUUUCUGCUUUCUUGAUCCUCACACCUGCCCUGCGUGACUACUGAAGGAGAGCCAGUCAAGCACACUUAUGUCCAUGUCAACAUCUGCUACAUCAGAGACAGAGAGCAGAGAAGGCAAGGCAGUCACUCUGGAUCCUUCCCAUGCUGGCCAAGGGAGAAUUCUCCCUUCCAGACACCCUCUCAUGAUUUAAGAAGUCUUCCCCUUGCUAACUUUUUCAGAUGGUCUUCCCUUCUUCCUGCCCCAUCUUUUGCCAGUCCAGAGUUCAUCCCACUGGCUCAUUCUCUUCCUCCUCCUGGCCUUUCAGUGCUGUCAUCAAAGGGACCCUUCUCCAUUGUCAAGUGCAACUGGAGUUGGGGAGUUUCUGGUUCUGAUGCAAGAACAGCUCCAAAUCACUUGCUCAGUAACAAGAGGCCCACAUCUUGAGAAGCCUGAGGAAAAAAGGUGGUCCUGUUUAGAGCCAACACUUUAACAGCCCUCAGAAAUAGUGCUGUAGGACAGGUUAGAGGCCUGAGGGUCAGGGAAAGGGCAUCGUGUAAAUACAAAGCCUCCUUUCUUAGGGAGCUCUCUCUCAUUCUUAGCUUGGCUCUAUUCUCUCAAGUCAGUUCAGGCUACUCUUAGUUUAAGUGGUCGUAGAUAAGAAAGAGCUGGAAUUAGGUGAUACUACCAGAUGGAACUGAGGAAGGAGGGAAAUAUUGGUCACAGAAGUCCAAGGAUUGGCAGGGGUGAGAUGGGGGUGGAAAUAGGCAGACUAAACAUGGUAGAGCUGGGCAGGGGGCCCACCUUCUAACUUGACAGGUACUGAUCCCAUUCACAGGGAGA